AGGUCCAGGCAGCUCCCUCCCAUCCACACCUACCAGCUGCCACCGCAGACUGAGAAACAGGAAGUCAUGUGGCAUGAUAAUCAGUAGAGCGAGCCAACAGUAAGAGAGAGAAAUAGAGUGAGCAUGGAAUCAGGAGCAGAGAAGUGAAGUUUCAGGUGGACAAACAGAGCACCUCAACCCCCCCUUAGAGCCCUGUAACCAAUGGCAACCUCAGUCCAGACUCUUCCUCUGACCCGUGGUCCCAACAAAAACUUCUCCCGUUGCGGCAUGGGAAGUGUAGGCAGUCUAGUGGAGAGGCCAGAUGUGUCUCCAACUAAAGGCAGCCGUGCAGUGCCCCAGGUGAGACCCAAACAGACCAACGGCCUCCUGAAGAAAGGCUUCAGCCAAAGAGAGCUACUCAACUACCUCAACAUCACCAGAAGAGAGCCUAAAGCUAGUCCAAGCUGUGACAGCAAGAAGGACAUUAUCUCUGGCCUCAGCUCUGCCAGUGCCCGUGAGGAGGACAACUUAUACGCCAAGGUCUACCAUAAAGACGGCACCGAGGUGGAUUUGACCAAAAACUCACUGCCAAGUGGGGGCAAGUACGAAAAGGCACGUUUUAGGUCUUCUGCCUUCAAGCCUGUCACCCCCAAAAAUUUUAGCUCCAUGCAGAACCUCUACCCGUCUUCCAAGUCAGAAAACGUGGACCAUGGCGUUUCCAAUGGGCUGCACAGAGCCUACGCCCAUGUCCCUAAAGCUGUCUCCACCUCUUCCUCCUCUUCCUCACCCUCCCGUCAAGGAGGACCGACAUCCAGUGGUAACAAGGGCCACUCCUCUGUGCGUGGGAUGAGCCAGGAGGAUGAUAACCUGUCCGACUCGGGCCAUAACUCCAUGAGCAGUCUGCCACCAUACCGGCCUCCCUUCCGCCCACACCUGGCUCACAUCAGUGCAUCUAUGGGCCACAUCAACACCAUCGGCUCCCUGGAACGCACUUCUCUAGGCCCAAAGGCUGCAGGGUCAGGGGGCGUGGCCAUAGGGGAGAUGGCGUGUCGGAGCAUGGCGACCCUGAGCCGUCUGACUCCAUAUGGAGGGGAGGCCCCACCUCCUUAUGAAUGGACCCUCUCCCUGUCUGUUGAGGAAGUGGUCCGGGAUCUGGAGGAGCGCCUGGUGGAGAAAGAACAUGAGCUGAAACAAAUGAAAAGAAACCUGGAUGAGAGUGAGGGUGCUAUCGCACAGGUGUUUGAAGGGAAACAGCGCCUGUGAAAGGAGGUGGAAGAGCUGAAACGCCUGUAUGCCGCCAAGCUACGUCAGGUUUCCCAGCACGCCCAGCGUUCACAUCGCAGCCUGCAGUUGCAGCUGUUCAAAGCCCAGCAGGAGAAGAACCGACUGCAAGAGGAGCUUGACGGCCUGAAAAGAGAACAGAGCCAGGAAGCUGGGGCCACGGUAAAGCGAACCAGUCCAACUCUGGAGGAGACGCAGUGGGAGGUUUGCCAGAAGUCAGGGGAGAUCUCCUUGUUGAAGCAGCAGCUCAGGGACUCCCAGGCGGAGGUGACCCAGAAGCUGAGUGAGCUCUUCCAGCUGAAGACGCAGCUCAGGGAGACCCGCACAGAGCUGCGCAACAGGGAGGGCCAGAUAGAUGCACUAAAGCUUGUCCUGCAGGGGACACAGCAUCGCAGAUUCCCCUCUCAGACUGCACAAGAGGAUGGGAAAGGAGCUGAAGAGAGUCCUUCAGCUGGGGCAACAGGAGGGUGCGGGGGCCCGACAGAGGAGCGUCUGCGUGCAGAGCUCCUGCUGGAGCGACGCCAGAGCGAAGCCCAGGCCACGGCUUUCGAGGAAGAGAGGCAGACAUGGCAGGCAGAAAAGAACAAGGUCAUCCGCUACCAGAAGGAGCUGCAGGCCAGCUAUUUAGAGAUGUACCACCGCAAUGAAGCACUGGAGAGGGAACUGCACCACCUGAGGGCAGGCAGAGAGCAAGGAGGAGGAGGAGGAGGGAGCAGAAAAGGGACAUUGGAAAGAGAAGUGCCAGAGCUGAGCAGUGAGAGAACGGGUGAAAAACAAGAGGAGAGACCUUCCUCUGGGUUGCCGUGGAUAGGGAGAAUUGAAUCAUCUGAAAUUUGAAUGUGACUUAUUUGCAAUGCAAACUGUCUCCCUGUAGUAUGUUUUCUACGGAAGAACAAUGUCCACCACAAAAAGGAAAAAAGAUAGACUAAAAUCAGUUUCAAAAAUGUUGUCAUAGUGAGUUUUGACCUAAGUCUGAGUUAUUCAUUUUGAGUUAUUCUGCGAUAACUCAAAAUGUUGACUUUCUUAAACAAAUUUUGAGGUCAAACCUUUGAUCUAUGUCAUCACAAAAUGUUGACUUACUCACCAUUUUCACAUUUGUUAUGUAUAACAUUUGAUCUAGUUUUCUUCUUUUCCAAGCGACAAUGGGCUUCCAUAGGUUCCUGUCCAUUUGCCAUCCUCUGCCCAUGUACCCUUGUCAUUUAAUGCCCUUAUCCUGCAAAGACUGGACCAAUCAACUCCCAAAGAGCACACCAAUAUGAGGGUAGUUGCACAGAAAUACUGUCUGUGCCUCAGUGUCAAUUUAUAAAAAUACAGGCAAGCAUCUAGACUGUCCUGCUUAACACUUUUGUCCAAUUGUAAACCUGUAAAUGAGCAGAUUUAUAUGCAGUGUGUCACUAUUUUGUUUUUUUAUUUGGUAAUUACUUUUUGGUUUGGACUGCUGUAGAAUCUUGACAGUAACCAAAGGAUUCAAAGGGAUUUCACGUGGCCCUGUUACAUCUCAGUAGCUGCUCAGUCUGUGCAGAAGGUUCUGUGGAUUCAGGUUUGACCUGGGCUCUGGGACGAAAGCUAUCUGGUGCCAAGGUAUUAAUGCUAUUUCUUUGCCAUCAAGAAAAAUGUGUACCCUAAUGAAGAAACUGGAAAUAUUGGACUUUUUUCUCAUUCAGUUUCCAGCAGCGAGACCUAUAUAUUUAGUACAUAUUGUAAUAUAGUUUGAUUGGCCUUUUGUCGUUGUAUUCCAAGAACACUGUCUUAAAUAGGCAUACUUCCACAUGUUCUGAUUGCAAUGGAAGCAAUCAAUAGAUUAUGCUGAACAUGACUGUCCUGCCUAUUGGUGCGAUUUGUUGCACAGCCAGUAACAUCAAAUGCAUGACGUAGAUGAAGUUGUUCUUGUGUAGUUUAUUAUUAAUAUAUGAACAUUCAAAAGCCAGCUCUCAAUCGACCUUUCAACAUACUGUGACUUGUCUAUUUACUGGAAUUAAAGCUGUACAGUAUAAAUAUGUAUGUAUGUUUGUUUUGGAUUGAUAAUAAACAUUUAUGAAGUGGUGUAAAAGUAA